CUUCCCUCUCACCGUCUUCAACGCCCCAUGGCCCCCUACACACCGAAUCGACCCCUCCCCGAACCUCCAACGCAGGCGACCCUCGCGGAAGCUCGUCGUGAGCUCACGACGAAGCAACAGUCGGUCCAAGCGCUGUCCGACCGAAUCCGGGCGGCCGAGGAAGAGCUUGCGCGCACGGUUGCAAUCGCGAAGGGGGGGAUCCAUGAGCUGGAGAAGGAGCGCGACGAGCUGCAGGAGCAGGUCGCACACACGCUCGCGUAUGUCGCUCCGAUCCGCCGUCUGCCGCACGAGCUGCUCCGGUACAUCUUCCUGCUCAACUUCGAGGAGUAUCCGUGCUGCGCGUGGGUGUUGUCAGCGGUAUGCGUACUGUGGCGGAGGCAGGUACUGUCCAUGCCGACUAUGUGGUCCAAGAUUCGCCUCGUUACCACACAGUCAACAUCCGCAGAUACGAUACGACUUUGGCUGGAACGCUCGGGAUCUACAGUGCCCCUAGACAUCGAGAUACUCCUCCGCUCGCAUCCUUCAUCCUCAAGUGAGCCAUCCCCACGGCGUCGCGUCUCGCCUCCGGCGCACACAGUGUCGGAUUGGGGCUGGAUACCGCCGCCAAUGCCUGCGGCGACUCCAGGCGGAAUGGGCGGAGUGACAACGGCGUAUAUCAUGGCGCCUCCGACAAACAUCGCACUCUUCCCCCCACCUCCGCCACCUCCGGCCCUUGGCCCUGCAGUCCAGCACACGCACGGCGCAGCAAACACAGCAAGCCACGCGCACGACGAUCUGUGGGGCAUGCCUCCACUUGUGCCCGCAGCGGUCUCUGCUUCGAGCGAGCGCGAGAGAGCGUCGAGUCAUCAGCGGAACAAGAAGAACAUGCACUGGGGCCACAUAGCGUUCUUCUAUCUGGUGGAACAGAUGCAUCGCUGGCGGCGAUUCGUGUUCCGCUUUGAGAAGCAAUUUACGUCCGUUACCGCACUCAGGGCGAUCGAAGGUGACGCGCCUCUUCUGGAGGAAUUUGAAGUAUCGGCGGCCGAGCCCGCGUUUUAUGGGGACUGGAAAUGGUUGCCGUCCGCGCCGUCGAAUAUGGUUGUCGACAUCGGCAACCUACAAACGCUCACGCUGAACAACGUUCCGUUCAAGUGGUCGUCGCCGAUGCUGCGCAACCUGCGCUCCAUGUCGAUCCGCACGCUGCCAACGAUGCAUCCCGCUCUGGACCGGGUGAUGUUCAUGAUCACGUCCAACCCGCAGCUCGAGUCGCUCUCGCUACAUUUUAGCUCGCCAAAUCCGCCCGUGCUGCCGUUGACGCCGACCGUACUGCGUGAGCUCAAGUCGCUGACGCUCGGCGGGCACUAUCUGUUGUCGAGCCUCGCAGACGCGCUCGUUCUGCCGUCGCUGGAGUCGCUUAUCCUCGACAUUGAUGCACGCGAGCCGAUCGAGGACACGGUCUCCGCGUUGCUCGCACGCUCGAACAAUCCGCCACUCUCGCGACUUUCGCUAAGUUACACGCUUUGCUCCGGCUCCAGCUCGUUCUACUACGGCGGCGGUGCGGGUGUCGCGACGUGGCACUUCCUGAGCGAGCUCGACCACCUACGCACACUCCAGAUCGGCGGGGCGCCGUUCGAGCCGCUGCUCACGGCACUCGGCGCCUCGGACGACGACGCGCAGGUGCCUGCGCAGGUACAGGCGCAGGCAGAGCACUGGGUGUGUCCGAACCUCACCACGCUCGCGCUCCGUGGAUGCCACGCGCACACGGACGGCGUGCACAAACUUGUGCAGAUGGUGGAGGCGCGGAACCCCGACUUGCACGGGCCGUACAACGCCAAUACCGCUGCGGCCGGCCUUGGGCUCGGCCCCGCGCGCCUGCGACAUCUCGAGUUGCAUGAUUGCGCGAUGCUUGGGCCGGACGUGCUCAAGUGGCUGAAGAGCCGAAUCGAGGAGGUCGUGUGUACGGAGCCCACAUUUGAGGGGUGAGCAACAUAGAUUCUUGUCGGCCAUCACGCGCUUGGGUCGGGCACUCAAUGCUUCCGUAGCACCUCGCCGAAGACGUGGGCGUCCUGGUUCGUCGAAUGAUUGAUUCGUGCUCAAACACUAGCAUGGUGGAUGUAUUUUAGCGCUAUUUUAUCUUGGUUUGUUGUCUGGUUAUUUAUCGGGCAUUUGUAUAGUGGGACGUUUCGUUACGUCGCUGUAUUUUUAGCUUACUGUCUGUUGGUUGGGACGAAAGCUCUCGCGAGACACUCAUCCUUGACGCGAUUCCAUGAUAUGUUACGAGAGGAAAGACGACAGACUGCUUCGCUUGGCUCCGCCUGGCCAGUAAGGGCAGUAUAUGAUAAAACAUGUACCAUCUCUGUGCAUGU